AUGCCGACUAGAAAGAGACAGAGAAAGGCGAGGCAAAAGUCAUCAGGACAAGUUUCUCCGACCCCUGAAUCCCUACGUGCUUUGCUAGGGAAACCAAAGUGUCACUGCAAGAAUUCUUGUUUGCAGCAGUUCACUGGGAGCUGUGAGUUUGGAGAGCUCUUGCUGUUCCGACAGCAAUGGUCAGAGAUGCACAAGCUUGAUCAGGAUCACGCUUUUGAAGCCAUUCGGAAAACAGUUCAGAGUGGAGAAUCUGGGGGCAGGACCCAAUGGUCAUUUCUUGGUCGUGAGGUUUGCGUUGCGGCUUGGAAAAGGCUUCAUGGUUUGGGCUCAAGAAGAUUUGGCAAACUCAUACAGGCUGCUCGUGCCAAAGAAACGCUGCCACUGGCAGACAUGCGCUAUUUGAAAAAAGGAACGCCAUCCAAAGCUGAGAAAAAGGAUGACACGAGCCGGGCGCGAGUCAUAAGCUACUUGCAGGGGAUCUAUGAUAGUGUUGCAGAGACCCUGCCCGAUGUGCGGGAUGACACGUGUGAUACUGAUCCUGUUGUGACGCUAGAAGUGCCGGAACUGGUGGAUCCAUACGUCAAAGCAAUGAACGAGGCCGGAGGCUCUGAUGAAGCAGCCCCAAGCUCUGUGGCGAAAAGAAAGGGUGACAAGAAAGUCCGCACACGAAAGUUUUCGAUUCAGCUCCACACUGAGAGAAAGCAUGCCCAGGAAGACCGGUACCUCCCACCAGGCCAUAUCAGAGACUUCUGGGAACAGAUGAAAUGCUCUGAGGCUUUGACUGGAAACGAAAAACCGGUCGCUUUCUCGACUUUCUGGCGCAUUUGGAAUCAGGAAUAUCCUUUCCUCAAGCUUCGCCCCACGUCAUCGCACUCCCAAUGCGGAACAUGCAUGCGACAUAAAAUGCUCAUCAGAGGCCUCACUGGUCACAUGAAAGCUCGUCAGGAGCAAAUCAAUCAAUACAUCAGCCAUUUACAGUCGCAGUACCGUGACAGGAUAUGCUACUGGGAGCUCCGAGGAAAGAGCAGAUUGAAGACCAAUGAUGUCCUGAUCAUUUUAGACGGCAUGGACCAGCAGAAAUUUGCUUACCCAAGAAGCCCAUCGUUUUUGUCAAAAGAGCUUCAAGGCCUAAAUCGUCCACGAUCUCACAUAAGUGGAGUGAUCGUCCACGGACGGUUUAUUUUGUUCACGGUGCCCCCAGCCAAUGUGCCCAAAGAUGCAAAUUCGUGCAUCGAAACUACUGCGCACUGCCUUCAGAUCUUGUCCCAGGAGACCGACUUGAGCAAAAUCACUUUGCAUGCUCAAAGUGAUAACACGAGAGUUGUGGGUGCCGCUCGCCUCCGGCAUUUGAGGAGCGGUCAUAGUCAUGAAGACGUUGACCAAACUUUUGGUCAAUUAGCCGCUUAUAUCAGCAAGCAUGGCCGCAUAGCAAGUGGACCACAUGACUUUCGAGACAUCAUUCAGCGGUGGAUGGAUUCAAGUUUGGACCGACCACAUGAAACUGGAAGAUACUCGAUCCUCUUGGACCAGUGCCGGGAUUGGCGGGCCUUCCUCCAACUUGGUGUGCCAGUUCAAUUGAAGGGCAUAGGAGGCCCCCGAGCCCCACACGUUUUUGAACUCGACAGACGCGAGAACUUAGGACAACUGGCAGCAGAAGCUUCGGAUCCUUUCUGGCAACUGCAGCCUCAUCCCAACGACGUUCUGAUACGGACCAAGCACAACAUGGCAGAUGAAAAGUACACCUAUUUUGCUCUCUACUAUCCGUUUGAGGUGGCCAGGGUUCGUUUGCCCCUAGGUCUCCCAGCAGGACUUGCUUCUCUCAAUCCGAUUGGCGAGGACUUCAAGAAGGAGGUGUUCAAACAUGUGCCAGCAAUGAGGAGUUUGGGUUUGAACGCUGCUGCUGACUAUUUGGUUGCUUGGGUCACUGGUGACAUCGAUUUGGAACCAUUGCUGGACGUUAGAGCGAUGCUUGACUGCAAAAGUUGGUUGAGCUUUGCUUACGACCUGGUUGUUGGUUCUUCCAAGCUUCGCUGUUUGCAUUUCGUUUCAUUCUCCUUGCAGCUCAGGGUGGCCUUGCGUCAGGGAUGCCACGAUCAGAGCGAUGCGGUGGCCCAAGACUUGGAGCCCGUGAGGCACUAUGUUGGUUGCGCUCGGCAGCGGAUUGCCUUGGAGGCUGCGGCGCGCGCAUGGGCCCGAGGAGUUCCAUGGGCCCAGGCCAUGUCCAUUUGUAACCGUGCGGUCAGCAAAGCUGACGCAGCAGCAAAAGCCCUUCCAAAGAGAAGGGCACGGUGA